AUGGUGGGCUCGGUGCCGGACAUGAGCGCGAACUGGGCUGCAAAGGUGGCUGUGAGCACAGAGCAACAGGCAGAUGCGGUACAGAUGGCGCAAGUGUACAUCACCAUGGCCCAGCAGUUCAUCAGCGGUGGCCUCAACCUGCCUGCCAUCGAGGCUCAGCGGCAGUUCUAUGGGGACCUGGACAGCACACACCCCACACCCCUGCAGUAUGAGGAUUUCAAGGUGCCCCUGGAGAAGGGUGCUGUGCGGCUGGGAAUCCUGCAGCCCCCGCCAGCCCUGUGCAAGGCUGCAGGAGCAGCCGCAUCAGCAAUCGAGUCUGUCCUGCCCGCAGGGUCCAAGCCGCACGCAACAGCUCCGGAGAGCAUGCACAUUACAGUCUUCAUGACAUCGCAGCCGGCCGACCCGCGCCCGGACCCCUUCAACGAGUUUGGCGGCGGGCAGAGCCGCACGCUGGCAGAGGGCCGCAUUCCUGCCCCCCAGCCGCCUGUGCUGACUGCAGAGAAGGACGCCUUCCGCACCCUGGCCGCCCAGACAUCCGCCCCAAUCCUCGAGGUGCACAGCAUCGUCUUUGCAGCAAGCGGCACGCUGCUGCUGUGCUGCGUGGACAUCAGCGGCGUUUUGGCCGGCCUCCGCACCAAGAUUCGCAGGGUCUUCCCAGGGGGGCCGAUGAAGCAGAGCAGCAUCUUCCAUGUGACCCUGAUGCGCAUCCUGGAGCCGCAGGCCAUGAGCAGGGAUCAGGUGGAGGCCAUUCACACAGCCUGCCAGCAGGAGACAGAGCGGCUGAAGGGCACGCAGUUCACUGCCUCUAGCCUCUGGUAUGUGCAGGAGUGGCAGUUCACAACGGUGAAAGGCGAGCGUGAGGAGAUGCCUUUUGCCAAGGAACAAAGCAGCUGA